UCUCGGAGUUGUGACACCUGUUAGAUAUACCUGCUUCACCAAAUUCCAAGAGUUAAACCACAAAUACAACUGGGAAGAACUGGUGAAGUGGAUGAGGAACAGAUGCAAAGAACUUGCAAUGGAGCGCAGGCAUGCCAGCUCUUCAAUAGCAGUCAUCGCAGCUCAACUGCUAUUUCCGUGUGCUUUCUAGAGCUAGGGGAAUGAGCUAUCAGCAGCAUUCAUCAAGUUCUGGUAAUAGAAUGUCCCGAAGAACAUUUGAAUUUGGGCGAACACAUGUGGUGCGGCCAAGAGGGAGACACCAGGCCACUAUUGUUUGGCUGCAUGGCCUUGGUGAUAAUGGCUCGAGCUUGUCCCAGCACUUGGAAUCCCUCUCUCUUCCUAAUAUUAAAUGGAUCUGUCCAACUGCUCCCACUCGUCCCGUGGCUUUGGUAGGCGGAUUUCCUUGUACUGCAUGGUUUGACGUUCGAGAGAUUUCAGAAGAUAGUCCAGAUGAUUGGGAAGGCUUAGAUGCUUCAGCAGCGCAUAUUGCCAAUCUUUUGUCGACAGAACCAGCUGAUGUGAAAGUUGGCAUUGGAGGCUUCAGUAUGGGUGCUGCCACAGCUAUUUACUCGGCAACCUGUUUCGCUCUGGGUAAAUAUGCAAAUGGAAGUCCAUACCCAAUCAACUUAAGGGCAGUUAUCGGUUUGAGUGGUUGGCUUCCAGGCUCAAGGAGCUUGAGAAACAAAAUGGAGGUUUCCAAUGAUGCUGCAAGGCGUGCCUCAUCCUUGCCUAUUUUUCUUUGCCAUGGCACAUGUGAUGAUGUAGUCCCUUUUAAUUUUGGAGAGAGGUCAUCCCGCUACUUGAGCUCAGCAGGAUUCCAAUACGUUACAUUCAAGUCUCAUGAUGGGCUCGGUCAUUACACGGUCCCUAAAGAGAUGGAAGACGUUUGCCAUUGGCUUACUGCUAGGCUGGGGCUCGAGGGUUAUGGCUCAUAACUGAUUCAAUACCGAAGCUUCAGUUUCCUCAGGCAUUGGUGGAAAAAGAAUGGAUGACCGACAUAUUACCAAGCGAGGAGAGAAUAAAUGAAAAGUAGGAUGAAUGCCGAUACAAGGAGAAGUGGAUGAGGGGGGGUACACGCUAUACAGUUUAAUUCACCUUCGCUAUUUUCUUCUUGCCUAUCGUAAUAAAGUUUUUGGAAGUGCUGCUUACACAUAUGUAGCAUGUAAUGGUUAGUAGAGAUCUACUUUUUUCCGGAAUUUAGAAUUCUUUACGAAAGAUGAGUUAUGUUUUA